GUUGCAAUAAACCACAAGAAGGACGCACUCAAACCGACUGUAAAUAAAUACAACCCAUCUUCUUCUUCUUCUUCCUCCCAAAAUCAUUGAUUCUCCUCAAAAUUCCUUUAAAAUUCCUCUUCCAUCAUGAAAUUCCCUUCUCAAUCCUUCCUUCCUUAACCUAAAUUUCCCUUUCAUUUCCCCCCAAAAUGGCUCCUCCUCUUCACAACCCUCCAUUUCUCUUCUUCUUCUUCUUCUUCUUCUUCUUCUUCUUCUUCUUCUUCCCCAUAUCCGCCAUAGACACAACUUCCUUGAUCUUCAAGGGCUGUUCUCAGCAAAAAUUCCAAGACCCAUCUGGAGUUUACACCCAAAAUCUCAAAUCCCUCUUUUCCACUCUCAUCUCUCAAUCUUCCCAGAAACCCUUCUUCUCCACAUCUGCCGGCGACGGCGGAAAUGCGAUUCAAGGUUUAUUCCAAUGCAGAGGCGAUCUCACAAUCCCACAGUGCAACGACUGUGUCAGUAAGAUCCCAUCCAUGGCGGAUAAGCUCUGUGGCCAAGCUCUGGCCGCCAGAGUCCAACUCGCCGGCUGUUAUUUGCGCUACGAGGUCGCUGGAUUCCGGCAAGUUUCAGGGACGGAGUUGCUGUUUAAAGUUUGUGGGUCGAUUCAGGUGGCCGGAAGUGGGUUUGAAGAGAGGAGGAAUACAGCUUUUGAAAUGGUUGAGAAUGGAGUCAAAAAUGGCGGUGCUCUGUUUUACACUGGAAGUUAUCGGUCACUUUAUGUGUUGGGGCAGUGCCAGGGGGAUUUGGGCGGCGGCGAUUGCGGCGAUUGUGUGAAGACGGCGGCGGAGAAAGCUAAUACGGAGUGCGGUUACUCGAUUUCUGGGCAGAUUUAUCUGAACAAAUGCUAUAUCAGUUACAAUUACUACCCAAAUGGAAUUCCGAGUAUUUCUUCAUCUUCAGGGACUAGACAUAAUACUCAAAGAACAGUAGCUCUUGCAGUGGGAGGAUUUGCAGCUUUGGCAUUUCUUAUUGUUUGUUUGCUUUUUGUUAGAUCAGUGAUGAAGAAAAAAGGUAGUGGAAAAGAGAGAGAGUAAAGUUAGAGGAAGAUUAUAUGGAAAAGAGUGCAACAAAGAAAGAAAAGACAUUUGUCUUCUUCUCACUUGCACUAGCUUUACUUUAAUUUCCUUUGUUGUUCUACUUUAUUUUUCUUUACCUUGUCGCCAUAACUUAAAGGAGAAGAAGGGUUUUAUUGCAAUAUC